AGCCGUGCCCAGACGCUGAGGCCUCCCUCCCCACGAGGGACAGUGCAGCACUCCAGCUGUCCAGCUGGGCAGUCCUGUGUGCAAGGCGCAGAAUGGAAUGGAAUGUCCAGACACUGCCGGGCGGAGGGCCAUGGAACAGAACAUUUCAACGUGGCGGCAGGAAAGGGCUGGCGGAAAUCAAACAGAUUGGCCGAUCGAUCACUUGCUCUGGGGGAAGCCAACUGCCAUGUCAUGAGGACACUCCAGCUGUCCUAUGAAGAGGCGCGUGUGGGGAGAAGCGGAGUCCUCCUGCUAAUGGCCCCACGAAGGAGUCAUCUUGGAAGCAAUCCUCUAGCCUCGUCAACACUACUGGUGACCAAAGCCACAGCUAGGAGCCAGAAGCCACUUCCGAAUUCCCAGCUCACAGAAACUGUGAGGGGCUUCAGAUCUUCAUCUCUGCUUAGGAGCCCCACGGAGCAGGACACCCCCGCCCCCAGGUCUGCGGAUUGGCCAUGCCUCACCUGCCUGGAGACCCUCCCUCCUCCGGCUCCAUCUCCCCCGCUCCCCUGGGUUACUCUAGAAGCCAGCUCAGCACUCUGGCCAGAGUGGCGUGGUUCUCCCAAGGCGGCUGUUUCUCUGCAUCCCCCACAACCCAUCAAAGGCCCAGGUCGGAGCAGACGUUUCCACUCGGUCAUGUACUCCAUCGAGGCUGGAGUUGCCCUUGGACUCCUUCCCAACCCUGACAGUGCAGCGUUCUGGGGGCGCCUGCCAGACCACCCAAGUUAG